GGUCCGAGGGAGGUAUUUGGGAAGUUUUGGGGAGACACUGAACAGCGCUCAAUAAGUACCAAAGACACCGACUUUUACCAAACAUGGAGUGUUACGAUAAGUGUUUAUGAAAUCGGAGCCAGUAUUCCAUAUCAGCUGAUGUCCUCCAUGAGUUGGUCAGUCCUUAUCGCUUAUUUUCCCAACUUCUACAUGGUCAGUCAAAAUGCAAUCUUGCACCAUUACUUGGCCACCCUGGUUAUACGAUACCUCUCCUUGAUUUUCAUUGGUUCUCCAACACCUGUUCCAUCUACCUAUACUCGGGCGACAGAUCCCGAAAAUUCGGGACUUCACCAUUGCUGA